GCGUCUGCGAAGUAGCUAGCAUUAAUCAUGGUGGAAAUGAUUGGGUUGCCGUUGCUCCUAAGUCUCUUUCUUCAGGCCAAUGGUGGACGCGUUGGCCGGAUGACAGGUGGUACAGAGGCACCAGAGCACAAGUAUCCGUAUCUGGUGUCCUUUCGACAAAGCCAGGAUCCUAAUCACACCGAGGAGUAUUUUCAUUUCUGCAGUGGAUCUAUUCUCAAUAAAUAUUGGAUUCUCACUUCUGCUUCGUGCUUUGCUAAUCGAAACCCUAAGGUGACGUGGGCAGUGGUGGGUACAAACGACUUCUUCAAGGGUGGAGAUAAAUACAAAAUUGACAAUAUCGUUUUCCAUGAAAACUAUGAUAAACGUUAUCGGGACAAUAUUGCAGUCGCCCGUGUUGCUGGGGAAAUCGAGUUCAAUGACAAUGUGCAACCAAUCACGCUGUACACUAAUGAGUUCACACGAUAUGGCGCGGCGGGCACAAUUGCCGGCUGGUCUGUCAAG